CUAGCCAACGUUUAGUUCGAAUUUUGAAUGAAGUACGAACGGUCACUUGCAUUCCAGUGUUUCCAAACUAAAAUAUAUAGUAUUUUGUGUGAAAGAUUCAAAUAGAUUUACGUAUAGGUUAGAACAAAAAGAGAAGUGAGAGAAGUCAGCUAUAAAACCUUUUGACCAUAAUUUUAAAGAGAAACUCAUUAUGUCAUGUACAGAAAUAACGAAAUCCUGCGUCGAAUGUAAAAAUAUACGUGACGCUAGUGAUGCUGGUACCAUGAGCUCCCCGAAAAUAUUUCCUGAUAAGAAAUAUAAAGUAGUGCAGCCGACGGGCAAAGAAGUAACGGGACUAACACAUGAGUGUGGAGUCUUUGGAGCGAUCGCUUGCGGGGAAUGGCCGACUCAGAUUGAUAUUGCUCAGGUCAUUUGUCUCGGCUUAGUAGCUCUACAGCAUCGCGGCCAGGAAUCGGCUGGCAUUGCCACCAGCCAAGGCAAAAACUCCAAGAACUUUAGUAUCCAUAAGGGAAUGGGUAUGAUCAGUAAUCUCUUCAAUGAUGACUCGAUCAAAAAAUUAAAGGGUAAUCUUGGCAUUGGACACACACGAUACUCGACAUCAGCUGCAUCGGAAGUAGUAAAUUGUCAACCCUUCGUUGUUCACACCGCCCAUGGUGCUUUGGCGAUUGCGCACAAUGGGGAACUCAUUAACUGCGAAUCGUUGCGUCGAGUUGUGUUGGAGCGCGGGGUUGGCCUCUCCACCCAUAGUGAUAGUGAGUUGAUCGCGCAGUCCCUUUGCUGCGCACCCGAAGAUGCCAGCGAACAUGACGGACCUGAUUGGCCAGCUCGCAUACGCCAAUUUAUGACGCUUGCUCCGCUGUCGUACUCGCUGGUUGUUAUGCAUAAGGAUAAAAUUUAUGCAGUACGCGAUUCCUAUGGUAAUCGGCCACUAUGUAUUGGUAAGAUCGUACCAAUUACACUCGGCCCCGGAAAGCCAGAAGAUGCAACCGCCGAAGGUUGGGUUGUAUCGAGUGAAAGUUGCGGUUUCCUCUCGAUAGGUGCACGUUAUGUACGAGAAGUGGAACCAGGGGAGAUCGUAGAGCUGACGCGUAAUGGCUUCCGUACUGUGGAUAUCGUCGAGCGCCCAGAUUACAAGAAAAUGGCCUUUUGUAUUUUCGAAUAUGUGUAUUUUGCGCGCAGUGACUCUACUUUUGAAGGGCAGAUGGUUUACUCAGUGCGAUUGCAAUGUGGUAGGCAAUUAGCUCUAGAAGCACCUAUCGAAGCAGAUAUUGUGAGCUCUGUACCUGAAUCGGGCACAGCGGCAGCCCAUGGCUAUGCAAGAGAGUCUGGCAUACCCUUUGCAGAAGUGCUUUGCAAGAAUAGAUAUGUCGGUCGAACCUUUAUCCAGCCCUCGACGCGGCUACGCCAGUUGGGCGUUGCAAAAAAGUUUGGGGCGCUCUCAGUAAACUGUGAAAGCAAACGUGUGGUUCUGAUUGAUGACUCAAUAGUGCGAGGUAACACCAUUGGCCCUAUUAUCAAAUUGUUGCGGGAUGCUGGUGCUAAAGAGGUACAUAUUCGUAUUGCUAGUCCACCGUUAAUGUACCCUUGCUACAUGGGGAUUAAUAUACCAACAAGGCAAGAGCUCAUUGCAAACGAAUUACUGCCAGAUGAGCUAGCUGACCAUGUCGGCGCGGAUAGUUUGAAAUAUCUGAGCGUGGCCGGUCUUAUUACGGCUGUUGAAAUAAACAAGUCAAAUACGAAUCCCAUUAAAACGGGGUACUGCACAGCGUGUCUGACUGGAGAGUAUCCGGGUGGUCUACCUGAAGAACUUAGUUGGUAAAUUCAACAUAUUGUACAUACAUAGUUUUAUACAUAUAUUUAUCAAUAUUAUUACUUAAGUAUCCAACUAGAAAUAAAACAGUUAGUUAAAUUUAUUUAUAUCUCUGAAUAAUGAUGACAAAUGGACCGUGUGUCACAUCGCUAUAAGAGCGAUAAAAAAGUAAAAAAGCUAGUAUAUUUUACAAAGGAUUUAUAGAUUGUUAGUACAGACGUAUAUAUAUAAACAUAAAUGUAAUCAAUUGUAAAAACUACAUUCUGUAAAAAUAAUGUAUUA